GCGCCUGGCCCUGCGGCCACCGCCUCCCCAGCCACCGCACAGGUCCCAGGAAGCAGCGCGGGAGGAGGAGGAAGCGCGGGGGCCCGGCGGCUCCCUGGGUGCAGCGGCACGGCUCCCGCAUGGAGCCCAACGUGCGCUUCUGGAUCACCGAACGUCAAUCUUUUAUUCGGAGAUUUCUUCAGUGGACAGAAUUGUUGGAUCCUACAAAUUUGGUCGUUUCAAUUGAAAAAAUAGAAAAAUCAAGGCAGCUAUUGUUAACAAAUGAAGAUGCAUCCAUACGUGACUUGGAGGACCAAAGGGUAAAAGACGCUUGGAAGAGAAGUCUCUCAACAGUUCAUCCUGACAACAGCAAACUGAUCCCUGUUCCUUUUCGACCUGCAGCUCUCCUACCUUUCACGGCGCCCAUGAUAUUUUUCUCAAUGCUGUCAGUAAAAAGUCUGAAGUCCCUGAUUUUACCUCAGAUUUCCUUCUAUACCUACACUACAGCGUUCAACAUUGUCAAUGGAAACGCAAGUUAUAAUCGUCGCCUACAUGAGAGUGUGUUACUAGGGACAGGAGUGAUUGCCUCUUCCUCCUUUUUUGGAUUAUUCCCUCGUUUGCUCCAGAUGCGGCUGAAUCACGUUCUGUUGAAAAAAGCCCUUCCCGUCGUCAUUCUCACCCACAUCAGCGCAAUGAAUGUUGUCGCAGCCCGAAGUCUGGAGCCCAUUCGAGGCAUUGAAGUCAUGGAUAAGGAAGGCAAUGUCAUGGGCUAUUCCAGAAAAGCCGGGACAAAGGCCGUUAAAGAUACAGCAACAUCCAGAGUAGUGCUGUUUGGGACCUCAGCUUUCAUCCCUGAAGUCUUCUCGCACUUUUUUGUAAGGACCCGGUUUUUCCGGCAAUACCCAUGGUCAUUAUGGACCUUCAAGCUGUCUUGUACCGUCUUAGUAAUGGGACUGAUGGUGCCGGUUUCUUUUAGUAUGUUCCCACAAAUUGAACGGAUACAGUGCAGUGAACUUGAAAAGGAAAUUCAGUCCGCAACAGAAGAAACAGAACUCUUCUAUAACAGAGGGGUGUAGGAAUGUGUUGUUUUCGGUGAAUUUGGUUGGUUCCUGCUUGAACACCUUCCUCUCUGCUCGAGGUGUCCGAUUGGAGAACUCUGCGGGAGGUCUGGAACCCGAGGUGUCUGCGCCCACAGGUUGCCUUAGAAUUACACAGGCCACGGCCGUUUCAAGGCUGGUGCCUGGGCUUUCGAGCCUGGAUGGAAGAAGGGAAGAGAAAGGAGAGGCCGUCCUGUCUGACCCACCCCCAUGGGCUGCCGAAAGAACGGCUGAUAGAAGAGUCCAUUUUUAUUUUCUGUGUUCAUCAGCCUCUGAAGGACACUGUGAAAUGACUAAUAAACUUACCAAAAGUUGAGUGUUCGAAAAAAUCAAGAAGGGUCCACCAUGCCCAGGGCCCGGGCAUUCCACUGGUGGCCCAUCUCAAGGUAAACAGGAACCUCUGGUGAGCACUAAAGGCCUCCGAGCCCCAAAGCCACCCUGUCUCCCUCCUCAGCUUCCUCCCGUUUUGGACUGCUUCACAUCUCUGCCCUCAGCCACCCAUCUCCUCCUCUGCCCCCACCGGUCUGUGACCCUGCCUCCUUCGCGGUGAAAACCAAAACGACUGGCCAGCAACAGAGCCUCCUGGCACCAAAUCUGCAGGCCUCUUGACACCGCCCCCCUCCCGGCCCCCAGCCUUCCCGCCUCCUUGCAAGGCCAGCUGUGCCCUCGGCUCUGGGCCCCUCCGGCCGGAUCCCCUCCGGGCCUGGCUCUGCAGUUGCCCGGCCUCCUGGCCGCCUCCCUCCUUUGUAGUCCGUGAGUCACCAGCCUUAUUAAACAAGCAAACAACCUUCGAGAGCCAAAUUUGGUCAAAGACUGUCUCCCCUCACCCUUUCCACCCCGCCUUCCACUCUGCUAAAACUGCUCUCCUCCGGGCCCCACCCAGACGCUCGACCGCCACUCUGCUGGGUGCUCAGACCCAGCACUGGGCUUGCCGCCCUGAGCCACAGGCCCCUGUCCUGCUGCACCGGGCGCUCCGCCAUCCACAUAGCCACUUGAGGCCAUCUUUUCCUCCUCACCGCCACGUAACAUCACCCAAGAGCACUGGUGUCACCCUUACUCCUCCCCUCCCGAGGCCUUUCAUAGCUGAGCCCCAAGGUGUCAGGUCUCUAAGCCCCUUUCCCAAGCCUGCCCAGUCCAACAGCAUCCCCUGUCGGUAUUCCUCUCUCAUCUCCUCCGGCUCCUCCAAUCCGUGCCCCGGCCUGCUCUGACAGACACCUGCGUAAAAGCCUUAGCUGGCCUCCCAGUGCAUUAGUUCAAGUCCAGAUUCCCUGCCAGGCAAAAGCCUUAACCUCCCUCAUCUCUUGCCACUCCUUUUCCUCACUCUGGACCAAUACCCCGUUCCUCAUAUGGACUAUGGUCUUUCCUUCCUGGACCUUCAUAUCAGCUGUCCCCUGCCAGGCUAACUCUUGCUUAUGCAUCAGGUCUGACUUAGACAUCACUCCCUCCAGGAAGCCUUCCAGGAUUCACAGUACUGAAUUAGGUGCCCCUUCUAUGUGCUCCCAUAGCACUCAUACCGUGUCUAGCACUUGCCGCACCGCAGCAGAAGAGCCUGCUUGUUGUCCCUGCACCCCCGUAAACUGUGUGCCUCGAGAGCAGGAAGUGUGUCUGGUGCAUCAGGGAAGCCCCAGGAUACAACACCGUGCACGGCACAGUAGGCACCCAAACAUUGGCAUACUGGAGGAAUGUUUCCAACAUACCCUGCCCCAAAUCAUCAAGGAAUCUAUCUGUGGCUUUCAGGGUCCCAUAGGUUAUCUUCAAAUUUGGUUAAAAGGGUUUCACAACAGCCUACAAGAACAAAAAGUUAAAAAAAAAAAAAAAAAAGUUCUACCAGGGCACCUGGGUGGCUCAGUCGGUCAAGCGUCUGACUCUUGAUCUCAGCUCAGGUCUUGAUCUCAGGGUGGUGAGUUCAAGCCCCGCGUUGAGCUCCACGCUGGGUAUGGAGCCUACUUAAAAAAAAAAAAAAAAAAUUGCACCAGAUGGCUCAGUACAGCCACAGGCGUACACUAAACAAAAAGAACAAAACUUACACAAAGGCUUAGCCACUAACAGGUGACAGAAUAGAAAUGCAAGAGCAUCUUUUCAAAGAAGACACUGAAGUGCCAGCCCUAGGAAGUCGGGGAGGGAGAAGGGCGAGGGCCCUAGGAAGUGGGGGGUGGGGGGAGAAGGGCCAGGGCAGGAAGAGCAGGGGGCAAGCCAGGGGUGGAAGGAGGAAGCCUGAACCCCUUGACUUUCAAACAGGUCUUGUAAGAACUCCCCAGUACAUCUGCAUUGACAAAAGGGUUUUAUCUUUUGUUCGAAGUUACAGAAAGAGGGCACAAUUCUUCAGCUGCCUAAAACUGUUACAGAAUAUCAAAAUAUUUCCAUUUUAUUUCUGCAUCAUAAUCUGUAACUUUAACAACGUUCAUCAUUAGCUGAUAUAGUAAUACAAAAAAUGAGGGAGAUAAAGAUGUUCAUAUUCAUUUUCAUAAAGUGCAGAUUUAAUUUUCAAUUGUUUGCCUUAGAAACAUCACUUCAUUCCACAUCCUCCCGUGCCCCCACCCAAGGAGGGAGGGAAAAAGGCUAUUUUUUAUUUUUACUCAACAAAUGUCUAACACAAAGAAUAAAAGAUCUAAUAAAGAUUUUUUUACAAACAUUUUUCCGGGUAGGUAAGAUUUCUAAGGACAACAGUAGUGAGUGUAAAAUAACCUUUCAUAACUAAUUUGAAUACACAGAAUAAAAUAACAAAUACAUAAUUUAGACCUCCAUGCUUAUUUUGUGACUUUUAGGUCUCCAACUAUGAAAAAGAUACAUAACCUGAACAAGAACAGUUACCUUCUUAUGUGGCCAAAUUACUCUUAACUGAAGUCUGAAGACUCUCUCUGGUCUUGGCCUAGGCAAUUACAGAGAGUUGCUGUCGCACUCAUACAUUUACAUCCAAAGUGGGCUUCUUCUUUUACUCUACCAUGUAAGGACUGGCAUCUUUUUCAAAAGAACACUGCUAGCAACAGGGUUAAUUAAAGAGUACUAGUGGCUUAAGUUUGCCAGAUGCUUACCUCUGCAACAGUAUAAAUAUGGAUUAUUAAAGUUGUCUACUCAAGUACAAAAUUUAUGCAAAAUCCUCAUAAUAUAGGCAAAAAUGUUCAAAGGCCAAGAAAAAAAAAUCUUUUCUUUUACAAGAAAGUGCAACUGCAGGAUCUUUUCUGAAUGAUCUUCUAGACUGUUCUGCAGAAAACUUAGUCUGGCUCAGAAAGUAGAGUUCCUCAUGAGGAACAAAAGUUCUUCCUAGAAGAAUAUAAAG